UCACUUGAACACUUUGCCUCCCACGGUUUUGUCCUUUCACCCAAACCCCACCCCUCCUCUCCACAUACAAUGUCUCAACCAGGAGGCGACAUACAAGAGCGGAUCGCUGCCGCACGUCGUGAGGCGGAAGUUUUGAAGGAGAAAAUUCGGGCGAGUAGGGAGGCCUCAGCUGACACAAGCUUACGGGCUAUGGCUGCCGAGGUUGACACUCUGCCUCGAAUCGUCAUGCGACCUCGGCGUUCACUCAAGGGUCAUCUCGCAAAAAUCUAUGCUAUGCAUUGGGCCGCUGAUCGUCGACAUCUCGUCUCCGCAUCACAGGAUGGAAAGCUUAUUGUAUGGGACGCCUACACGACCAACAAAGUUCAUGCCAUCCCUCUUCGCUCAAGUUGGGUCAUGACCUGUGCUUAUUCACCAUCAGGGAACUUUGUAGCAUGUGGUGGUCUUGAUAAUAUCUGUUCUAUCUAUAACCUUAACAGCAGAGAAGCCAAUGGCGUCAGAGGUGGGCGCGAAUUGAGCGCUCAUUCUGGUUAUCUCAGUUGCUGUCGUUUCAUCAACGACAGGCAAAUCGUCACUAGCUCCGGUGAUAUGACUUGUAUGCUUUGGGAUAUUGAAGCUGGUGUGAGAGUGGUUGAGUUCAGUGAUCACACUGGGGAUGUCAUGAGCUUAUCUCUCGGUCCGAAUCAGAAUGUUUUCGUCUCUGGUGCUUGUGAUGCGACCGCCAAGCUGUGGGACAUCCGCAGUGGUCGUGCAACCCAGACGUUCACAGGUCAUGAGUCAGAUAUCAACGCUGUCCAAUUCUUCCCAAAUGGCGAUGCAUUUGCCACAGGAUCGGACGAUGCUUCAUGCCGGCUUUUCGAUAUACGUGCGGAUCGUGAAUUGAACAGCUUUACGCACGACAACAUUCUUUGUGGUAUCACUUCCGUCGCAUUCUCGAUCUCUGGCCGCAUUCUCUUCGGUGGCUAUGACGAUUGGACAUGCAAUGUGUGGGACACUCUACGAGGCGAGCGCGUGGGUGUUCUGACUGGACAUGAAAACAGAGUCAGCUGUUUGGGUGUAAGUGUGGAUGGGAUGGCCCUUUGCACUGGUAGUUGGGAUAGCACUCUCAGGGUUUGGGCAUAAUGGAAACUGUGGACUAUCUCUUUCGUCAUCUUGCUAUAUCCUCUAUGCUCACCUGCGUGCGGCGCUUGCGACGUACGCCUUCGAGUCGGUCCUUACUCAUCAUUAGUUUCAUGCUCGCUGGUAUACAUAUAUUGUCUCGUAUCAGGUCAUCUGCUGCUACCCAGAUAUUAUUCCUUGAUGUUUUUUUUUCUCCUCGACCGUAUUUAGUGAUGAAUUCAAAUCGUCAUCCAAA